ACCUUCCACAUGGAACUUCCACACAUUUGAAAAUCAACCCCUUCUUUUGACCAUCACCAUUAUUCAGAUCAUCAAAUGAAACCACACCACUCAUAUCCAUCUCACAAACCCUCUCUCCUCCUCUCUCUCUCUCUAUCUCUCUCUCUCUUUCUCUCUCCAAAAAAUAACCUGCUGCAUCCUUUUGAGUAGCAGCAGAACCAAUUAUGCACCCUGCAGAAACUCUUCCGCUGCUUCCCUUCGUCCUUCUCCUGCUUCUAGCAUGCAUACUCCCUUCUCUAUCCGACGCGGAGAACUACUACCGAUACACCGAUUGCGCUCCGAAGAACUACACUUGCAGGACGAUGAAUUUCACCGUUGGCUACCCGUUUCAGAUCGGUACCGACCGACCAGACUACUGUCGAUAUCCGGGGUACUACCUCACUUGCACCGAUGACGUCCUUCUGAUCAACAUCGACGAUGGAAUGAAGCCCUUCCAAGUGAAGAACAUCGACUACGGGAACCACCUCCUCACGCUCGUCGACCCGAAUUUUGCUGCCACAACAUGCCCUCUACCAAACUAUAACUUCACCAUCAACACCACCAUCUUUGAUUACAACGACCGCAAUACGAUGAUGAUCAUAUACAACUGCAGUACUCCGCAAACUUCCUUGCCUGCAGCCAGCAUAUAUUCAAUCCCAUGUGCGGAGGAAAUGUCCGGGCAAUACUAUUAUUAUCGACUAAACGACGAGGAUAGUGCGUUUGGGAACUGCGUUACGGUGUCGCCAGUUUUUGUGCAGAUAUCGGCGGCAAAUCUGUUUAUUCAUGGAAAUUUGAGCUUCGAAGACGUGAUGAACGAGGGUUUCAUGCUGCGGUGGACGGCGGGGAAGGGGUGGUGCAGUGACUGCGUAAGCUCUGGCGGGAACUGCGGGUAUAACACGGUCGCGCGGGACCAGCAAACCUGCUACUGCCCUAACGGAACCGCUAUCAGAAAUUGCACCACAGGUACUGUCGACAGUUCCAAGAUGCGGAAAAGAAUAGAAGUAUUCAUUGGAAUCGGAAGUGGUCUAUUCGUAUGCCUUUGCCUUAUUGUUUUUGUCCUAAAGUGCAAGAAGUCUCGUGACAUUCUAUUCUGUUGGAAGAAGAAAUCAAAGACUUCAUUAUGUGUUGAAUCAUUCAUACAGAAAUAUGGAUCCUUAAACACGAAAUGGUAUAAAUAUUCAGAAGUAAAGAGAAUGACCAAAUCCUUCACUGACAAGUUAGGAAAGGGUGGUUACGGGACUGUUUAUAAAGGAAGUCUUCCUAAUGGCCAUCCAGUAGCUGUGAAGAUGCUAACAGAAUCCAAAGGAAAUGGGGAAGAAUUUAUCAAUGAAGUUGCCAGUAUUAGUAGAACAUCCCAUGUCAACAUUGUUAGACUAUUAGGGUUUUGUUUAGACGGAUCAAAGCGAGCUCUUAUUUAUGACUUUAUGCCUAAUGGAUCACUAGAGAGAUUUAAUUUUACCGACAGGUCUCAAAUAGAAUCUACACUUGGCUGGAAUAAGUUAUUUGAGAUUGUCGUUGGCGUUGCUCGAGGACUAGAGUAUUUGCAUCGUGGAUGCAACACCCGUAUAGUGCAUUUUGAUAUCAAGCCUCAUAAUAUUUUAUUGGAUCAAGAUUUUUGUCCUAAGAUUUCUGAUUUUGGAUUAGCAAAAUUAUGCACUUCAAAAGAGAGCAUUAUCUCGCUGAUAGGUGCAAGAGGGACAAUUGGGUAUAUCGCACCAGAAGUCUUUUCUAGGAACUUUGGAGUUGUCUCAAGUAAAUCUGAUGUUUAUAGCUAUGGUAUGAUGGUACUUGAAAUGGUUGGAGGAAGAAAAAAUCUUGAUGUUACCACAACAAGUAGCAGCGAAACUUAUUUUCCUCACUACCUUUAUAAAAAUAUUAAUCAGUACUGUGUAGAAGCUUGUGGUGACAAUGGCGAGGCUAUAGAGAUAGUUAGAAAGAUGAUUCUAGUUGCAUUAUGGUGUAUUCAAACAAUGCCUGAUGAUCGUCCUUCAAUGAGUAGGGUGGUAAAUAUGUUGGAAGGUGACAUCAGUGAUCUACAACUACCGCCUAAGCCAUAAGUAGUUUGUAAUAAAUAAAUAUUUGUAACUAAACAUUCCACUAUCUUGAAAACAAGCAUUUUAUUUUUGUUAAA